GGUCUGGAUCGGCAUCAUGGUGGAGCCCACAGCAUCUGGCGUGUUCUGUAACAGGAUGCUGAGCAUGGUCAACUCUGAGGACGUGAACGCCAUCAUCCAGGCUCAGAGACACAUGCUCGAUCGAUUUGAGAAAACGAAUGAAAUGCUGAUCAACUUCAACGGGCUGUCAAACGUCCGACUGCAGCAGAUGAAUGACCGCUUCCUGCUACACACCCGCACCCUUGUUGAGAUGAAGAAAGAUCUAGACAGCAUCUUCCGAAGGAUCAGGACACUAAAAGGGAAAAUUGCUAAGCAGUAUCCAGAAGCUUUCAGUAAUAUCCACGAGUCACCGAUCCUGGAGGAUGAUGACGACGAGUUCGACCCAAUACCACCCAGUGUUGCCACAACAAUCACAACAGCCAUGUCAGAGCAGAGCACAGAGUCGUGUGACACAAGUCCAGACGUGAUCUCACCCACUGUAAGCAGAUGUUCUGAAGAUCUCUCGCAGGAGCUGCCUGACACACCUACCUCAGACGGCCUAGAGGCUGCCGUCCUACGAGACGAGGGUCCCGACUCCGUACCUGAAGAGUAACGCUGAAAGUUUGCAAAGGAUUUCAGUCUCUAAAGCUGAGCACUGAGCACAUGAAAACUAUUUUAGCAGGAGACCGUCUUGUAAAUAUUUGAAUCUGUGUUGGACUGUCUGAUAAUCCUGAGUUUUUGUUGGCAUGCUUUUUUGACUGCACAACACAAUUAAUGCAAGUGGUACUUGAAGCUGUACAGUAUGUCUUUAUACCGUAGAUAUAUUCAGUGCUGGCAGUAAACCUGAGCAAAAGCCUCACCAGUGAUGCAACUACAAACAUAAUAUUUAUUUCUUGGUGGUUGGAAGGAUUCUCACCUAACUGAAGUAAGAGCUUUGCUCCGUGUUAGUUAGGGGUUUGGACCACCUGUCGUUAUAAAACAACUGUAACUCUUUUGUUUGGGUGGUUACAUUGCUACACUGAUGCCCUUGAAAAUGCAGUUUACAACAGACAGAUCUGGCCUAAAAUGGUCAUAUAUGUCAAAUUUACUAACUCAAAAGAUCGAUCACAAAUACAUUUGCUAUAGCUUCCAACGCUGCAUUCACAUCUAGUUUCUAGUGUUACAAUCACAAACGUACAGCGCAGAUUUGCUGUAAUACAGUGACAGUAAUCGCUGCUGUUUACAUUGACUAUACUGCCCCCAAAAUGAAUGUAAAAUUAUCAGUUAUUAAAUAGCGUACUUUAAUUGAGAACUGUGAUUGUUGCUUAAAUGUUUGCGUAAUAUAUUUAAUAACUAACCUUAAUAAAAACCGAGUUACAUUUA